CACGUGUCUUUUACAUUCACAGGUCUAAAUAAUAUUUCAUUUGACCUAUCUGUCCCUAGCUCUAUAUAUAUUCAACUUCAGCUUCUUUCUAGCUAAAGCUUCUCUCUAUUUUCAUCUUCAAUGGCUGCCUCCUACCACGUUCGCUCUUCUAGCUUACCAUCUAGGCUACACUCAAGUGGUCUCAGUCAUAUCCAACUCCUCCUCAAGAAGCUACCUACAGAUAAUAAUAAUAACAGCCUCUCACUUCUGUCACAGCUUUACCACUCCGUCUCUCAUCUCUUCAACGAAUCACCUUCUUCAUUGCUACUCCCUCAUCACUCCUUCUUUACUCAUCUUCUUGAUCUCUCCCUUGUACACCUUGACUUGUGUUCCAAGCUAAGAGACAUCACUUGCCGCAUCAAGGACUGUCUCCGUGACCUCCGUUCUGCUUUCAGACGGAGGAGACACGGUGGAGAUUCCACCAUCCGCCGCCACGUUAUAUCCUUUAUCCGCUCCAGGAAAGCGGUUCACAAGGAUCUAGCUAAGCUACUCUUGUUGCUGAAACAUGCCGACCACUCCUACUCAGGGCCAACUCAUCAUUUGAUCACACUGCUCCGACAAGUUUGUUCCCAGACAUGUCUUUCUUUUAGGACAGUCUUGUUGUCGUUAUCCACAUCAGUACCAAAGCCAAGACCUUCUAAGUGGGCUUUAGUUACCAAAUUGGUGAUCAAGAACGUUACUAAUACAGGUGCUCAAGUUCAGACAGGACACAGAAACGAGUACCAGUUGAUGGAUGAAGAACUACAAAGAUUCUGCACGGCGAAAGAGAUAAAGAAGGAAAGAAUCAAGUCAUUGAACACAAGCUUAGAUAAAGUCGAUAUUGUAGUUGAAGAUCUGGAGGAGACGCUUGAAAGCUUGUACAGGCGUAUGAUCCAAGCUAGAGUCUCUCUUUUGAACAUAGUCUCUUUGCAUAUAUGAUUAAUUUUUAUUUUAUUCACUGGAGUCCAUGUGUAUAUAUGUAUACAACUUCACUCAUAUUUUAAGACAAAACAUGUUACCUUCACUGAUCAAACCCUAAAAAAAAAAAAAAAAAAAAAAAAAAAA